AUGAGGCAACACAUUCAAUUGCUUGGGAACAUCAUAAACGAGAGAUUCAGCUGGGUUCCAGAGACAACAUACGGCAUCCCUCAGAAGAGAGGGUUCAAGUGGUUAGAGCGCGAAUUUACUGACCGCAAGGUCCGUGGUUCGAACCCGGCCUACGCCUCUCGACUUUCUCUAUCUAGGCUUUGGCAACCUGGCAGUAUCCAAGCCCUCGUGCUUCCUUCGGGUGGCACAGCAGCUAGACACCGGAAGGGUGCUACAGCUGAACAAUUAUUAUAUUAUUUUAUUAUCCACCAGAAGUCUCCUUCUUCCGAACAUCGAGUUUGCAUUUGUUUGCAAGCUCCUAUUCAUGACGUCCUAACAAAUACACAUGCAGCUGGGUCCUUGUUCGAACCCGUCCGUGGUUCGAACCCGGCCUACGCCUCUCGACUUUCUCUAUCUAGGCUUUGGCAACCUGGCAGUAUCCAAGCCCUCGUGCUUCCUUCGGGUGGCACAGCAGCUAGACACCGGAAGGGUGCUACAGCUGAACAAUUAUUAUAUUAUUUUAUUAUCCACCAGAAGUCUCCUUCUUCCGAACAUCGAGUUUUGUUUUGUUUGCAAGCUCCUAUUCAUGACGUCCUAACAAAUACACAUGCAGCUGGGAAAUUACUCAUAAGGUUGCUUAAAACUCUUCGACAGCCCACGACCGGUUUCGCCCUUCUUGGGGCUCAUCAGGUUUCCGAAUUUCCGUCAACCUUAAGUUCUACUUGA